CUUACUUCAUCAGAUAUAAGCCUUAAUUAAGCUAGCCGCUAUCAAUGAAAUUUGACGUAGUCGAUGCAGGUGUUGGUAGUCUGCGUGUAAAACGUACUAAAUACAUGUAUAUUCUCGUUUUGAAUUUGUUUAUUUACUCUUUUUCACAUAAAGUAAGUUCGUCGACAUAAGUGAGAAGCAGGAUACAUAUAGUUAAGGCAUAGCAAAGAAAGUGAUAGUCUCUGAGAGUGGCAGCUGAAGGAAUGGAAACGCAUUUUGUCUGAUAAUAGGUUGGCCGUUUACGUACUCUACAACAAAAAUCUGAUUAUACAAUAUUUUAAAUUUGAAUGUCGUCGGAUUUUUUUCUUUAAGACGUGUAUGUACGGAAGUGCGGAGAGGUGGGAAAUCCGACCUUUUCUUAGUGUUUUACAUAAACUACCCAAAUGAGCACUGAUCAUCACCGGUUCUGCUCUUAACGUAAACAAGAACAAGGAUUCUUUUUGGCCUAUUCGCAGUUUAGCGACAAAGCGAGUUGGUAAAGAAGAACGAUUUUCUGAAAUCGCACUUGAUCGUCUUGAAUUUCACCUCAAACACUGUAGAUGUUUGAAUCAUGAACAACAUUGACCCCGGAGACGCCAGCGUCGAUGUGCUGGGUCUUUUGCAAGAACAACUCGGGGCUAGAAGUAAACCAACAACUGUGAUCGAGUCCACAGUCCUUUUAAUCAUCAACGUGGCGGCACUAGCGGGAAAUGCUAUCCUUUGCUUCAUCGUUUACCGCAAUCCCCGGCUUCGUACUUCUACCACUAUGCUGAUUGUCGCACUGGCUUUGACAGACCUGUUAGCCGCUGCUAGCGUCAUGCCGCUGACUGUAGACGCCGCUAUCCACAGUAAAAGGCGCUUCAGCGACACCGUCUGCAAAGCCCACGCUUUUGCAAUGGCCGUACUGGCCCAAGUGUCGGUCUACCUCAUGGCUCUGACCGCUUUCAAUCGGUACCUGUGUGUCAAGAAGCGGAACCUCUACAAGAAGAUGUUCACGAAGAAGUACACUCUGCUCUUCAUCGCCGCCACCUGGGCCGUAGCGCUGAUCAUCAACGGCCUCCCCAAUCUUCUGUCUUUAGAUGACUUCUUCUUCUGCCCGGGGUACUUGCUGUGCUGGAGGCGAAUGGUGAAGCCCGCUGCCAUCUACUUGUUCAACGCUUGGCUCUAUGGCUCCUUCGUCUUCUCGUACGCGGUGAUUGUGAUCUGCUACUGGAAGGUUUUUCGCGCUGUGGAACAUCACGCCGCAGCUGUUGCUCCAACUCUGAACCAAGCCAACGUUCAGGCCGGUAACCACACUGAAGAAGUGUCCGUGGCUAAGGCAGUGGCAUCCAUCGUCUUGGCUUUUACCAUCUGCUGGAUACCGUCAGAGGUCAUGGACACAAUGGACAAAAUCAACCCACUUCUUCUGCCUCGCCAGGUCUUCAUCUUCGCCACUUGCCUGUGGUUCUUGAGUAGUGCCAUCAACCCCAUCAUCUACGGCGUCAUGAACAGCACAUUCCGAGCAGAGUACAAGAAAAUAUUCGCUCUUGUCGGUCGCUCUGUCGGGCCUUCGUCUGACAGUUCGUCCACUAACGACCAAGAAAUGCCAGACCGCCGCAAUGAGUCCUCAUAAGAGCAAGAGAAGUACAAAGACGGCAUAUAUAAAGGAGUAAUUGUACCUCGUUUU